AUGUAUGACUUGCGUCUGUGCUACGUAAUGAGUAUUUAUGAACAAUAUAUUAUACAAGCUAUUAAUACGAAAAUUAACGUCGUGUCAAAACCGGGAGUGAAAUUAAGACUGAGACGUGAGACGGCCGACACAGACAGAGUCGUGUGUAACGGAAGUAUUUUGGACUUCGUCUUCAACCUUGCAAAUAGGCCUUUGAGUAGAUGA